AUGAAACAAGUGCACUUUGCGUUUCUGCCUGGACAUGCACUUGAGGUUGAUCAAGGAGAGAAUAAUAAAAAUAAAGAUGAGAUCUUCGAUGCUAGUUUUGAAGAACAACAUUCUGCCGAGAACUUCGAAGAUUGUUUUUUGAAUGCAAAUGAUGAUGCAACCGAAAAUGAAAAUAUAGCAUAUGAAAGGGCCGAUACCAAGUGUAAAAGGCAAGAAGCAAUAGAUAAGUUAUUCACAGAUAUUACAAUUUCUGGAGAAGAAAUGGAGACGGAAGGUGCGACCAUAAACUUAACUUCAAAUAUAGAAAAUGUGAUUCCUAAAAGGAUUGAACUAAAAUGCAAAGAUAUGGUUAUUUUCUGUAAAUUUCGUCUCAAACACGAAAUUUCUUUGUUCGGUUCGGAAUCAGUCAAGACUGUUUGUAUAUUAAUCCAGCCCUUUGGAGCAAAAUGUACCGAGAAUGUGGAUCAACGACAUAUGGACCAAGCAAGGGAAAUUAUUCAAGAUGCAACACCGGCAGGGUACACCUUGGGUGAGGUUGAAGCAAUGACAACGACGGGAAGAAACCCCCAUCGGUGGAUUGCCACAUUUACCCGAGAUAACAACGAUUAUAAUUAUGAAACUGGUUGUCAGUAUAUUUCUGCUGUCCCCAAGGAGCUGAAAUAA